UUUGUGUGACAUCCUCAUCUCUGUUGUACCCACCUGUGGUCACGCAGACUGGCGCUCCACCUAGAACUAGGCUUUUUACAGUUCCUCCCCCUGUGCAUCGACACACACAACUUCAUACCCUUUAGAAGAGCAGACUUCAGGUGUUUUCUCAGGUCAGUUCAUGAUGGCACAUCCAGCUGUAAAUGUCCAGCCAGCCAUGAUGGUGACCACUACUAACGUGACAUCAACCCAGUGGAGCAGCGGAGUGUGUGACUGCUGUGAGGACAUGGGCAUCUGUUGCUGUGGUUUAUGGUGUCCAUACUGCCUCAUGUGUAAGACCAGUGAAGAAUUUGGAGAGUGUCUCUGUCUCCCCCUGCUGGAGAUAUGCUUUGGUGGCAUGUUGCAUCCUAUUACACUCUCCAUGAGGAGCAGCAUGAGAGAGAGAUUCCACAUUCAAGGCUCGAUACAGGAUGACUGCUGUUCGGUGUUCUGCUGCACUGUGUGCGUCUGGUGUCAGAUGGCGAGAGAGCUGAAGGCUCGGCGAAACUCUCUAGUGGUCGUUAACACGGUUCACCAUCAGCCGCAAGCUUUCAGCCAGCCAACUCAAGCCAUCAAUACAUCCUACCAGCCUCUGCAACAAAUGAAUCCUGCCUACUGACGACCUCAGUACAUAUGAGCACACCUGCCUUCCUUUAACCUCAAGCUCCCCAAAGAGCAAAAUCUGCUGUUUUGCUGAAAUGACAUAGUGAAAUCUGUCCAGAUGUCAUUUUAAUAUUUUUAUUUAGCCUACCUGCUUAACGAUGCCAAUAUUUUUUACUAAUCACAUUUUAUUCUCUCAAAUUUUUUGCACUUUUUUUCUAUAUUGCCAAAAUGUAGUUAUGAAUAUAUAUA